UUUAUUCCAUUGCUAUUGGCUUCCAGUCACUAAAAGCCACUUUUAUACUCAAGCAGUAUAUCUCAGAAAGUUUGCUCAGACAAAGAUAAGCUGUGAGAUGCCUGCAUCCUACUCUACCAACAUGCGUUUUAAAUUUCCUGCACUGGCUUUAGUAGUGGAAGCUGUGAUCAUUAUUUUAUAUGCAUUUUUUAUUACAUAUGAUGAUGGAGCUAAUUCUAGACUUGCUCUUAACGACACUAAGAGUCCAGACCCAUUCUACAAAAUAUAUCCAAGUUUCCAGGAUGUACAUGUAAUGAUCUUUGUUGGAUUUGGCUUUCUGAUGACUUUCUUGAAGAGAUAUGGAUUCAGCAGUGUUGGAUUUAAUUUACUCAUUGCUGCAUUUGGUCUUCAGUGGGGCACACUGAUGCAAGGCUGGCUGCAUCAUUUUGAAGAUGGAGUAAUUAAAGUCAACAUUUUCAGCUUGAUUAAUGCAGACUUCAGCACAGCAGUUGUUCUGAUUUCAUUUGGAGCAGUCUUGGGGAAGACCAGUCCAAUCCAGCUUCUGAUUAUGACUCUGCUCGAGAUUACGAUAUUUGCUUGCAAUGAGCACCUGGUUACUGGUAUCUUGAAGGUCAAAGAUGUUGGUGCAUCAAUGACUAUUCAUGCUUUUGGUGCCUACUUUGGUCUGGCUGUUACUCGUGUCCUAUACAGGCCAGGAUUGCAAGAUGGCCAUGAAAACGAAGGAUCUGUGUAUCAUUCAGACUUAUUUGCUAUGAUUGGUACUCUCUUCUUAUGGAUGUUUUGGCCAAGUUUUAACUCUGCCAUUGUAGAAAACCCUGAUGGACAGUACAGAGCCAUUAUCAACACUUAUUACUCAUUGGCUGCAUGUGUGCUCACUGCUUAUGCCCUCUCUAGCUUGCUAGAUAAGAAAGGAAAAUUGGACAUGGUUCACAUACAGAAUGCUACUCUGGCAGGUGGUGUAGCUGCUGGAACCUCUGCUGACAUGAUGAUCUAUCCCUAUGGAAGUCUGCUGAUUGGAUUUAUUGCUGGAAUAAUCUCCACAGUUGGAUUUAAAUACCUGACACCAAUUUUGGCAUCUAAAUUGAACAUACAUGAUACCUGUGGUGUACAUAAUCUUCAUGGCAUGCCUGGAAUACUUGGAGGUGUGGCUGGUAUAAUUGCAGCUGCAAUGGCCAGUCAGCAAUUAUAUGGCAAAGGUCUUAUUUUAACUUUCCCAGAAGCAAGAACUCCUAUUGUACAGGCUGGAUACCAAGCUGCUGGAUUGGGUGCUAGCCUUGCUGUGGCCCUCAUUGGAGGAAUUAUCACAGGUUUCAUUCUGCGCAUCCCCUUUUGGGGGCAACCACCGGAUCAAAAUUGUUUUGAUGAUCAAAUUUACUGGGAGGUGCCAGAUGGUAAACCUGAACAUGAAGAUUUGCUUUCUUCAGAACAUGGAAAGCAGAAAACUAAUGCUGAACCAUGAUCGAGCAUGAAUUUUUAAAGAAGUACAUAAACAUUUAGAGCCAACCAAAAGGAAGUUAGCAGUGUUAAGUUGUACACAGUGUUUCAUUCAAAAUAUUUUACGUAGUAUAGUGUAUUCAAAUGAAUAACAAAAGAAGUCUGAUAACAGAAUUAACUUUCUGUUCUUUCAAAAAUGCUUUGUAAAGUAAAAUAAUCUGAUAAAAACAAAAUAAGUUCCUCUGCUGGUAAA